CCCGAGACCGCAGGCGCGCUGGCGCUCCGUCCCCUCCCGGCCGGCCCGCUGCAGUCCGGGGCGGCCGCCGGGGGCCUGGUCCGCGGUGAGAGCGCCUGGAGCCGGGGCGGGGCGUGGCCGCCAGGCCGGCCCGGCCCCUCCCCGCCCGCCCGCCCGCCCGCGCGCUCACGGCCCGCCGCCAUGGGGAAUGGGAUGAACAAGAUCCUGCCUGGUCUGUACAUCGGCAACUUCAAAGAUGCCAGAGAUGCAGAGCAAUUGAGCAAGAACAAGGUGACACAUAUUCUGUCUGUCCACGAUAGUGCCAGGCCUAUGUUGGAGGGUGUUAAGUACCUGUGCAUUCCGGCAGCAGAUUCACCAUCUCAAAACCUGACAAGACAUUUCAAAGAAAGCAUUAAAUUCAUUCACGAGUGCCGACUCAGGGGCGAGGGCUGCCUCGUACACUGCCUGGCUGGUGUCUCCAGGAGCGUGACUCUGGUGAUCGCGUACAUCAUGACCGUCACCGACUUUGGCUGGGAAGAUGCCCUGCACACUGUGCGUGCAGGGAGGUCCUGUGCCAACCCCAACCUGGGCUUCCAGAGACAGCUCCAGGAGUUUGAGAAGCAUGAAGUCCAUCAGUACCGGCAGUGGCUGAAGGAAGAAUAUGGAGAGAGCCCUUUGCGGGAUGCAGAAGAAGCCAAAAACAUUCUGGGUAAAUAUAAAGAACAAGGGCAUGUGGAGUCCUGGCCUGGCGCAAGGCGGUGGAGCAGCCUUCAGGCCCCGCCCCCUCCAGCCUACAGCAACUGUACAACAGAGACCUAACUUGGGCGCGCUUGGGCCUGCCUUUCCCACUUGUCUUCAGUGAGGCCCUGCGGGCACCCUGGUGUGCUGGCAGCCCAGCAUGGAGGACAACCCAGGGAGGUGGUGAAGGUGGACCCAGGCUCCUUCCUGCAGCCCCAGCCACGCUGCCCCAGGCCCCUCAGUCCUUCCCUCCUGCCCAUCCUGAGCCUGAGCUUAUUACCCUGUGCCUGGGAUGCUUGGGGGUGCUGCUCUGGGGUGCCCCUCUAGGCCAUGCUUCUGUGUGAAUACACUCCUAUGUGUGACUAGUGUGCGUGUGUGCACACGUGCAUGGAUGUAGCUGUGCAGUGCAAACUCUGAAUGUUCAUUCUGCUGGAGCAGUCACAGAAUCCAGGCUGCCACUUGGUGCUGCCACCUUUUCCUUUGUCCAAGACUACAUGGCAGCCUUUUGAGGUUGACAUCUGAGAAGCUGCUUGGCCAGAAGCAGCCGGUGCCUGUGAGCAGACGGUGAGGAGCACUCAGGCUGCGCAGCUGAAAGCAGUGGCCUCUCCAGAACUGAGGGCAUCAGGGGACCACAGGAGGACAUAGCCCCGCAGAGGGCUCCUCCAGGGGCCCCACAAGGGCUGGGGUGCUCUGAGUAUUGCCGCGCUCUUGAUGACAGUACCCAGGCUGUGGCUCCUGCUGCUGCAAGUCAAGGUCCCCUUCACAGCCUGUGUCCCCGAGUUCCCCUGGUGUCUGUCCUCUGUGGCCCUGGCUGCAUCAUGGCGCCACGAGAACACCCCCACCUCAGGCAGAGCUGCAUGCAGAGCACCCUCCUCCUCACCCCACUUUCCUGCCCCAGCCUCUGCACACGCGGGCUCUCUCUGCAGGGCCUCUCACAAGGUUGCAUGCACCUUCAGGAGUCAGGAAGGAAGAGCGUUUGUUAGGAUCUACAGCAGUUUGUGUUUAAGAAUACAUUUAAAACUGCCUGAGCACUUAUUAAGCACCUUUGUGUAUGCUGUAGAUUUGAUAUGAGAUCUCAGCUACCUCAUUAAAUGAUAUUUGAAAUGGUG